UGAUGCCUUCAAGACAAGUACGGUGUCCUGCUGGAUAGUCGAUGAGCUCUCACCUUCCAUUACAAGUAUUACAAGCACUGGACUUCCGAGACUCCUUAUAGACACACAUAUACCUUGAGCGUUUGGGAAAUCUGGACUGCCACAAUCAUGAUGAACAAUUCUACUCGGGACUUGCUCAUCCUAUCCGUCGUAAAUUGGGUCUCUAAUGGGGGAGUGCAGGGUUUCAAAGCAAGGCUUGUAGUGGGGGGACAUUUGGCCUUGCUUGUUCUAAAUGACAUGAACUCUAAAGGAGAUUCAACCGGUAACAAUGACACGAAUACUGGCACUAACACCGGAAGUGGAUCUGAUGAUAAUGACAAUAGCAUAGGCGGCAACAGUAGCAAUAACGGCGGUGACACUGAUUGGGCCUUCCCGAAUGUCUUGCCCCCAUUAGUCUAUUAUUCGCUUUGGUGACGUUUCAACUAAGCCAAUAUCGAUGGUGUACCUCAUCAUGUAGGAUAAUUUAUUCAUAACGUCGUCGAAUAAUUGGGUGCUUCUUUCCGAGAUUUACUUGAUAUACGACGCGACAUGCAAUGAGACCUUAUC